GAAACGCUCACUCAAAGAAGCUGUUUUGGUAUUGGCUUGGUGCAGUGCAUGCGGAAAAAAUGGAUCAAAAUAUGAACUCAACCAAGGAAGGUCUUAUCUCAGGGUCAGGGGCGAUUCAACGCAAAGCUUACGCUCGUGUUGGAUUGCUUGGCAACCCAAGCGAUGUUUACUUCGGCAAAACCAUCUCUUUUAGCCUUGCCAAUUUCUGGGCUUCCGUUACUUUGGAGCCUUCUCCUCAUCUCAUCAUCAACCCUCACCCCAUUCAUGAUCUUGUUCAGUUUGAUUCCCUUGAUCACCUCGUUAAUCGGUUGCAAAGCGAAGGUUAUUAUGGAGGCGUGCGACUGCUUAUGUCAAUUUGUAAACUCUUUCAUAAGCAUUGCAAGGAUAAUAACAUAAAUCUCUCACCAGGGAACUUCACCCUCUCGUAUGAUACUAAUAUCCCUCGCCAGGCCGGACUUUCAGGGUCCAGCGCUAUUGUAUGUGCUGCCCUUAGCUGCCUGCUUGAUUUUUACAAGGUCCGACAUUUGAUUAAAGUAGAAGUCAGACCCAACCUCAUCCUCAGCGCAGAGAAGGAGCUCGGAAUUGUUGCCGGCCUUCAGGAUAGAGUGGCACAAGUCUAUGGUGGUCUGGUCCAUAUGGACUUCAGCAAGGAAAACAUGGAUAAGUUGGGACAUGGCAUCUAUACACCCAUGGAUAUUAGUCUUCUACCACCUCUCCAUCUCAUUUACGCUGAGAAUCCAAGUGAUUCAGGAAAGGUACAUAGCACCAUCCGACAAAGAUGGCUCAAUGGUGAUGAGCUUGUUAUAUCUUCAAUGAAAGAAGUUGCAGAUAUAGCAGCAGAAGGUAAGAGUGCAAUACUCAAAAAGAAUUACCAAAAGCUCGCGGAACUCAUGAAUCGUAACUUCGACCUCCGAAGAUGCAUGUUCGGGGAUGAAUGUUUGGGUGCUUUAAACAUAGAAAUGGUGGAGGUAGCUCGGAGGGUGGGUGCCGCUUCGAAAUUCACUGGCAGUGGAGGAGCUGUAGUUGCAUUCUGCCCCGAGGGACCACCGCAAGUGAAACGACUUGAAGAUGAAUGUAGAAAAGCUGGAUUUAGUAUUCAAGCAAUACAAGUAGUUCCUUCAUGUCUAAAUGAUGUGGAUCUUAAGACAUUGUCUAAGUAGAACAUUUUAGGGAUUGUUUUUGUUUGGAUUGAUUGAGGUUUUUAUAGAAUUAAUGAAAAUGAUGAGUAGCUGUCCUGUCUC